AAACCCUCACCCAUCCCAGGUUGCUUGGCAUGUAAGAAUGCAAUCCGUCAACCACAGUUCCAAAGACCCACUUUUUUUUUUGUUCCAAAAAAGAGCCACAAUAGAAAAAGCAAUGUGAUGUAACAUGUAUAUGUGUAAGCUUUCUCAUUCAUCCAUGGUUUGUUUCCUUUGUUUAUUAUCACCAAAAAGAUAAAGCACUCAGCAAAAAGAAGAAGCAGCAGCAGUAGUAGCACUCUCUGUUCCCUUCUUUUCCUUUAUUGCAUAUUUUUUUCCUUGCUAUCAGAGCAAUUCCAAAACCUCUCCCCCAAUCAAAGUAUCCAACUUUUUGGCUAAUUCUUCAACCCCAUUACAAAAAGAUGAUAACUUUACCUUCCCCAACUCUUCACUCAAACCCCAAUAGCUCUUGUGCCUUCUGGGUGAAGAACAUUUCGGAAGCAACCUUAACCUUAACCUUGCAUUGGUGGCGGUGGCGGUCGCCGUGGCAGAGACAUGGCUAGCUCCAGUGGCACAAAGGGUCCUUAUGAUUUGCCCAGGCAACCAUCAAGGAGGUUGGUUAAGGCACCAACCAGGACUGUGGAGUUGCCAAAUGAGGAGAAUAUGAUGGACAGUGAGAUUGUGCCUUCCUCUCUUGCUCUCCUUGUGCCAAUUCUCAGGGCAGCGCUUGAGAUUGAAGAGGAAAAUCCCAGAGUUGCCUAUCUUUGCCGCUUUCAUGCAUUUGAGAAGGCUCAUACAAUGGACCCAACAUCAAGUGGGCGUGGUGUUCGUCAGUUCAAGACUUAUUUGUUGCACAAACUCGAAAGGGAAGGGGAGCUUACAGAAAAACUCUCUAAAAGAAGUGAUGCUAGGGAGCUACAGGCCUACUAUCAAGCAUUCUAUGAGAAGAGAAUCCGGGAUGGUGAAUUUACCAAAAAACCGGAGGAGAUGGUUAAGAAUGUUCAGAUUGCCACAGUGUUGUAUGAAGUGCUGAAGACUAUGGUAGCUCCUCAGAGUAUUGAGGAGAAGACAAAAAGAUAUGCUGAAGAUGUUGAGAAUAAGAAGGGACAAUAUGAACACUAUAAUAUCCUUCCAUUAUAUGCUGUUGGUGUUAAACCAGCAAUCAUGGAACUACCUGAGAUCAAAGCAGCAAUUGCUGCUUUAUGGAAGGUGGACAAUCUUCCAAUGCCUAUCAUUCGUCCAAGACAGGAUGCCUUUAAUGGUGAUGAUUCUACAAUGCCUAUGGAGAGGGUUAAAAAUGUGAAUGAUAUACUUGAUUGGAUUUCCUUAAUUUUUGGGUUUCAGAAAGGAAAUGUGGCAAAUCAAAGAGAGCACCUUAUACUAUUACUUGCCAACAUUGAUAUAAGGAAUAGGACUGAAUCUUAUGAGAUCCGUGAAGAAACUGUAGAAAAGUUGAUGGCUACAACUUUCAAAAAUUACAAUUCAUGGUGUCAUUAUGUGCGUUGUAAAUCCAAUCUUAGGUUUCCAGCCGAGCUUGACAAACAACAAAUAGAACUCAUUUACCUUGCACUUUAUCUUUUAAUAUGGGGAGAGGCUUCAAAUAUUCGCUUUAUGCCCGAAUGCAUUUGCUAUAUUUUCCAUCAUAUGUGCGAUGAUGUCUUUGGGAUUUUAUAUAGCAAUGCCUAUCGUGUGAGCGGGGAUGCGUACCAAAUUGUAGCGCGUGAUCAUGAACAUUUUCUCAGGGAAGUUAUCACACCAAUAUUCGAUGUUUUAAUGAAGGAAGCGAAGAGAAGCAACAAAGGCAAGGCAAGUCAUUCCAAUUGGAGAAAUUAUGAUGAUCUAAAUGAAUACUUUUGGUCUGAAAAAUGUUUUAAGCUAGGUUGGCCAAUGGAUCUCAAUGCAGAUUUUUUUAGGCCUUCAGAUGAGACACAAACAGCACACCGGGCCACUAGCAAUGCCAGCACUGGAGCUGGGAAGAAGAAGGCCAAAACAAAUUUUGUUGAAGUUCGUACAUUUUUGCAUCUGUAUAGGAGCUUUGAUCGAAUGUGGAUAUUCUUUAUAUUGGCUUUACAGGCAAUGAUUAUUAUUGCAUGGAGUUCCUUGGGACCUGUUGGAGUUCUUACUGAUGCAGAUGUCUUCAGAGAUGUCACGACUAUAUUUAUUACAUAUGCUUUUCUCAAUUUUCUUCAAGUAACUAUUGAUAUUGUUCUUACCUGGAAUGCUUUGAGGAAUAUGAAAUUCACUCAGUUGCUUCGGUAUUUUCUGAAAUUUGUGGUAGCAGCUGUUUGGGUUGUGGUUUUGCCAGUCAGUUAUUCUAGUUCUCUACAGAACCCAUCAGGGCUAAUAAAAUUUGUCACCAGUUGGGCUGGGGAUUGGGGGAACCAGUCACUUUAUACCUAUGUUGUCGUGAUAUACAUGUUACCAAACAUAGUGGCUGUGAUGAUAUUUUUUCUUCCACCUAUGCGGAGAACAUUGGAGCGCUCAAAUAUGCGAAUCAUUACCCUUUUAAUGUGGUGGGCUCAGCCAAAAUUGUAUGUAGGUAGGGGCAUGCAUGAGAGCAUGUUAUCACUGCUGAGGUACACCCUCUUCUGGAUCAUGCUGCUAAUAAGCAAGUUAGCAUUUAGUUACUAUGUGGAGAUAUCGCCCCUUGUUGGACCCACAAAAGUAAUUAUGGGAAUGAAUAUAGAUAACCACGAGUGGCAUGAAUUCUUUCCAGAACAUAAGAUUCACAAUAUGUCUGUUAUUGUUGCAAUAUGGGCUCCAAUCAUCCUGGUUUAUUUUAUGGAUACUCAAAUAUGGUAUGCCAUUUAUGCCACAUUAUUUGGUGGGAUUAUUGGUGCCUUCAGCCAUUUGGGUGAGAUAAGGACACUUGGAAUGCUCCGCUCCAGAUUUCAAUCUGUACCACUAGCUUUCAGUAAGCGCUUUUGGACUGGAGGAAACAGCACAAAUAUACAGGAGGACUCGGAUGAUUCAUAUGAACGGUAUAAUAUUGCAUACUUCUCUCAGGUCUGGAAUAAGUUUAUAAACUCUAUGAGAGAGGAAGAUCUCAUCAGUAACAGGGAUAGAGAUUUGCUUCUUGUUCCAUACAGUUCAAUUGAUGUUUCUGUCAUUCAGUGGCCUCCAUUCUUGCUUGCUAGCAAGAUUCCUAUAGCUGUUGACAUGGCAAAAGAUUAUAAGAAGGAGGACGAUGCAGAUUUGUUUAAAAAGAUUAGGAAUGAUGGAUAUAUGUAUUCAGCAGUUGUUGAAUGUUAUGAGACUCUCAAGGAGAUCAUUCUGAACCUUCUGCGAGAUGAACAAGAUAGGCAGGUUAUAGAGCGUAUAUGCAAUAAAGUAGAAGACUGCAUAGAACAAGAAAAAUUUGUCAAGGAGUUCAAGACAAGUGGCUUGCCUUCACUCAGUGAGAAGUUGGAAAAAUUCUUAUCUCUAUUGCGAUCUGAAGAUGGCAAACUUGAGUCCCAGAUAGUCAAUGUCCUGCAGGAUAUUGUAGAAAUCAUCAUACAGGAUGUUAUGGUUGAUGGCCAUGAAGUUCUACAAACACCCCAGCAUUAUAUUGUAGAGAGAGGGCAGAGGUUUGUUAACAUUGACACUUCUUUUACACACAAGAACUCAGUGAUGGAGAAGGUUAUUAGGCUUCAUUUGCUUUUAACAGUCAAGGAAUCAGCCAUAAAUGUGCCCCAAAAUCUGGAUGCCCGCCGCCGUAUUACAUUCUUUGCAAACUCAUUAUUUAUGAAUAUGCCAAAGGCUCCCAAAGUUCGGGACAUGUUGUCCUUCAGUGUUCUAACACCAUAUUACAAAGAAAAUGUUCUAUAUUCCACUAAUGAAGUCAAUAAGGAAAAUGAAGAUGGAAUAUCAAUUUUAUUCUACCUGACGAAGAUAUAUCCUGAUGAAUGGGCCAAUCUCCAUGAGCGUGUAACAAGUGAAAAUCUUGAAGAAAAUUUGGAGGAUUUAAUUUGUCAGUGGGCAUCUUACAGAGGGCAGACACUCUAUCGAACAGUGAGAGGAAUGAUGUACUACUGGGAAGCUUUGACCCUUCAGUGCACGAUGGAAAAUUCUGGAGACAAUGCUAUCUCUGAAGCCUACCGGACAGUGGAUUUCACUGAAAACGAUAAGAGGCUUCCUGAACAAGCACAAGCUCUGGCUGAUUUAAAGUUUACCUAUGUUGUUUCUUGCCAAUUGUAUGGUGCUCACAAAAAGUCAAAAAAUACUGAUGAGAGAAGCUGCUAUACCAAUAUUCUCAAUCUGAUGUUAACAUAUCCAGCCCUUCGUGUUGCUUACCUUGAUGAAACAGAAGACACAAAGGUUGGAAAGAAAGUUUAUUACUCUGUUCUUGUCAAAGGAGGGGAGAAGUAUGAUGAGGAAAUAUAUCGGAUCAAGCUUCCUGGUCCUCCAACAGAAAUUGGUGAAGGAAAACCUGAAAACCAAAAUCAUGCCAUUAUAUUUACUCGUGGGGAAGCCUUGCAGACCAUAGACAUGAAUCAGGAUAAUUACUAUGAAGAAGCUUUCAAAAUGAGAAAUGUAUUGCAAGAAUUCCUGAAAAGUUAUAGAGGGCAACAAAAACCCACCAUAUUGGGUCUAAGGGAGCAUAUAUUUACUGGAAGUGUUUCAUCACUGGCUUGGUUUAUGUCAAACCAGGAGACCAGCUUUGUGACCAUUGGCCAACGAAUUUUGGCAAAUCCUCUAAGGGUCCGAUUUCAUUAUGGUCAUCCUGAUAUAUUUGACAGAAUCUUCCACAUAACCAGAGGAGGCAUAAGCAAAGCAUCAAAAAUUAUCAACCUAAGCGAGGAUAUAUAUGGAGGGUACAAUUCAACUCUACGUCAAGGAUUUAUCACGCAUCAUGAGUACAUACAAGUAGGUAAGGGGCGUGAUGUAGGCCUGAAUCAGGUUUCACAAUUUGAGGCUAAGGUUGCAAAUGGAAACGGAGAACAAACACUUAGCCGUGAUGUUUAUCGUCUUGGACGACGAUUUGACUUCUUCCGGAUGUUGUCAUUCUACUUCACAACAGUUGGUUUCUAUUUCAGUAGCAUGAUAACAGUGAUUACUGUAUAUGUGUUCUUGUAUGGACGUGUAUAUAUGGUAUUGAGUGGAGUUGAGAAAAGUAUUCUUCAAAGUCCAAUCUUACAUCAGAACAAAGCCCUUGAACAGGCAUUGGCAACCCAGUCUGUUGCUCAAUUAGGCAUACUCCUGGUGCUGCCCAUGGUUAUGGAAAUUGGCUUGGAGAAGGGAUUUCGCACGGCUUUGGGCGAUUUUAUCAUCAUGCAGCUGCAGCUAGCCUCUGUGUUCUUUACUUUCCAACUUGGAACCAAAUCUCAUUAUUAUGGAAGAACACUCUUGCAUGGGGGCUCUAAAUAUAGAUCAACUGGCCGUGGGUUUGUUGUCUUCCAUGCAAAGUUUGCUGACAACUACAGGAUGUACUCACGUAGUCACUUUGUGAAGGGCGUGGAGAUACUUAUACUAUUGAUUGUUCAUGAAGUCUACGGGCAAUCAUACCGGAGCACAAGUCUUAUUUUCUUCAUCACAAUGUCAAUGUGGUUUUUGGCUGUUUCCUGGUUGUUUGCUCCUUUCUUGUUCAAUCCUUCUGGUUUUGAAUGGCAAAAAACCGUGGAUGAUUGGACCGAUUGGAAGCGGUGGAUGGGGAAUCGUGGUGGUAUCGGUAUCCCGUCUGAAAAAAGCUGGGAGUCUUGGUGGGAUGAAGAAAAUGAGCACCUGAAAUACUCAAAUAUCAGGGGGAAAAUACUUGAGAUCGUUCUCGCGUUUCGCUUCUUUAUCUACCAAUAUGGAAUUGUCUACCAGCUGAACAUUACUCAUCGUAGCAAAAGUAUUAUGGUAUUUGGACUUUCUUGGGGAGUUUUGUUAAUAGUCCUUAUUGUCUUGAAGAUGGUUUCCAUGGGUAGACGAAGAUUCGGAACCGACUUUCAGCUCAUGUUUCGUAUUCUCAAGGCACUUCUCUUUCUCGGCUUCUUGUCAGUCAUGACUGUAUUGUUCGUGGUAUGUGCACUGACUAUAUCAGAUUUGUUUGCUGCCUUUCUUGCCUUCAUGCCUUCCGGAUGGGCCAUUAUUUUGAUUGCACAAACAUGCAGGGGACUCUUAAAGGGAGCUAAACUAUGGAAUUCAGUUAAAGAGCUCUCCAGAGCAUAUGAAUAUACAAUGGGAUUGAUAAUCUUCAUGCCGGUAGCCGUUUUGUCAUGGUUCUCGUUUGUGUCAGAGUUCCAAACCCGGUUGCUAUUCAAUCAAGCAUUCAGUAGAGGGCUCCAGAUUUCAAUGAUUCUUGCUGGAAAGAAGGACACAUAUAAUAAAGUUAAAUGACAUAUUCUUUGAUUCCUUAGAUGUUGGCAGGAACUGGAAGUUUUCUGUUUUAGGAGAAAUGCACCUUCCACUUAUCAGAAAAUUUUGGGAGUUUUGAAUGAUUCCCUUUCCCUUUUUAAACAAAGUUGUACUCACUGAGGACAGGAAUGACAAAUGAAUAUCCAAAGUCAAGGCUAUGACUAGAAGCAGGACAAUUCUUUUACAUUUUAAAAUGGCAUGUGUAUCAGCACUGUAUAGGGGUGUGGGUGAGGUUUAUUUAUUUAUCUUACCAUAGAAAGAGAGUUCAGGGGGCAAAUUCAUUAUAACUAUAGAAUUUAAUUUCAUUCAUGGCAUUCUUUUUUAAUAUGUUUUCUUAGAUAUUAAGUUGAAAGUCAGUUUACAUUCAGUUGUACAUACUACAUUUUUAAAGGAGAAAAAUGCAUGUCUUUAUUAAAUUA